AUGAAGCUCUCAACUCCCGUCCAGUCAAGAACCAAACCCCCGGACUUCGACGCACCUGGGUCUGCUCGCCCGUCGCCCGUCAUGGACACCAGCUAUCUUACCACCCAGGUCGCGACCAUCAUUGGCCAGCUCCAUGGCCUGUUCGAUGAGAUUGGGGUGCCCAGCCAUGUGCGUGAGAGUCGAGAGUCGGAGUUGUUCUCUGCGCUAUCCGAAACGCUACACAAUCAGGUUCGAUUGGUUGCCGCCGAGAAGAAUGACUUGACGGAGGAGGCUCAGCGCAUCAUAACCACAAUUAAGCAAAUGGAUGCUUCGCUUGACGACAACAAGUCCCGGCACGAGUACGAGGCGGAGCAUGAGGAUCUGAAGAUCACCUACCCAUUGACGCGUUGCCUGCAAGGCUUGAAGGAGAAGCACCUUCAGAUCUCCAAGUUACAUAGAGAGCGCUUCGAACAAAUCAAGAAGCUCGUACAAGCCCUCGAAUCGUACUCAUCCCACCUUGAACCAUCAUUUAUCAAGAUCACCCUGCCCCCGACGUCCCCAAACUCCACGAUACCUCCCACGUUCGACUUGUCGUCCAUAUACGUUACCGCUCUCGACGACGAAUUCACUCGGGUAUACGAGGAGUACACGCGUCGUGUUGCAACCGUGAAGGCGUUAUCCGAGCACAUCAUCCAACUCUGGGCUGAGCUUGGAACACCCCAGGCCCAGACUGAUGGCACGAUCGUCAAGUAUUACCGCGACUCCCCUGAGCAGUUGGGCCUGCACGAGGACGAUAUCGCUCGACUGAGAUCAAAGAGAGACAAGCUUGCAGAAGAGAAGAAAUCACGUGAGAGACGAUUGAAAGAUCUCAAGGCUACUGUCGAGGGACUGUGGGAACGCCUGGGAGUGGAGGAGCAUGAGAGAAAGAAGUUCUGUAAUGCAAACCGGGGGUGCGGCGUACGACAAAUCAACGAGUUUGAGGACGAACUGUCAAGACUCAACGAGCUCAAGCGACAAAACCUCCACUUAUUCGUAGAGGAUGCCCGAUACAAGCUCCAGGAACUUUGGGACGGUCUGUAUUUCUCAGAAGAAGAAAUGUUGGAGUUUACCCCUGCGUUUUCGGACGUCUACAGCGAUGCGUUGCUCGAGGCUCACGAACAGGAAAUCGAGCGACUCGAGGCAUUGAAGGAGCAGCGUGCCCCUACUCUGGACCUUAUCGAACAGCACCGCUCGCUUGUAAAGGACCGAAACGAUCUUCAAGCUUCCAGUCAAGAUGCAUCUCGCUUACUCGGCCGUGGGCAAAAAGGCGAGAAGAGAGACCCCACACGCCUUCUGAGAGAGGAGAAGAUGAGAAAGCGCAUUGCGAAGGAUUUACCCAAGGUAGCUGCGAACUUGAGAAAGGUCCUAGAAAAAUGGGAGGAUGAAUACGGUCGGCCUUUCUUAGUACACGGAGAAAGAUACCUGGAUGAACUUGAAGCGUCCGAAUCAAAGCCUGCCCCUGGUCCUCGAUCCAAGACACCCGCUGGUCCACCGCCGCCUGCUGCGAGACCUCCAAAAUCGGCUUCAACCAUCCGGGGAAACAGUGUGAUGAAAGCUCCUCCUCCUAGUAGACUCGGUGCUAAGACUCCCACCGCUGGUGGAACUUUGAGAAGAAACCCCGUUGCCGCUAAUUCCAUGGCCAAGUCCCCCUCGAAGAUUCCCGCAAGAGCACCUCUGUCCAAUCUCAACCAUGGUGGAAACUCGCCAGAGCGUCGAGCUGCGGCAGAUACAAGCACUCUCCGGGGCAAGAUGGGUCCUCCACCAAGUAGGGCCCCUCCUCCGAAAAUGAGAGACCUACAUGUUCCCCAACCGGCAGCAACCCCGACUCCUCACUCUCUCUAUCGCGCCGACAGCGUCACUUCGAGCAUUGGUAUCGUUCGUCAUGUAACACCUGAAGAUGCUUUCCGUGAUGAUGCAGGCUCGGCAUCACAACGCAGUGCCCGACCACAGUCAUACCACGAGCUGAAGUCAUCCAUGCGUCAGAACGAGCGAGAUACACAGCCACGUCCACCCGUCCCCGCUAGCCGACAAAUUUCAAAUACGUCGAACAACACAACCGUAUCCGGCUCUGAGAAUUGGCAGACGAUCGAAGAUGAUUCUGAGCCCGAGCUAGACGCUACAGAUGCAUAUUAUGCGAAGCUACGAGCUGCACGGAAUAAGCGCUUCACCCCCGAAGAGUAUAGCCAAGGUGGACAACCCAAGAAGCAAAAAGGCAUCCCACAGUACGAUAGUCGAGGCGGUGUCACAGAGGCCCGCAUUCUCUCUGGAAGUGAGGCCAAUUGGACGGACGAGGAUGCGUUUUAG